UAAUAUCCCAACACUCAACAGCUUCUACUCCCAAACUUCCACCUGUUUUAAAAUUCCAUUCACUGCCAGUACAUAAUCUCGCUCUCUUUUUGAGAGUUACUGAAAACUGAAACAAAAAAGUAGAAAAAAAUCCAUGGAAGGAGUAUCAGUCACCGUGUACAGAAGAAUUACUCGAUACUGGCGGAGGAAGGGAUACGAAAAGCUAAACGGAACCGCCGGAGGCCGCGGAAGAAAAUCACGUGUGGUUGAGCUAGCUGCUUCCGAUGGAUCUAGCCGUCGACGGCGGUUCUGGAGGAUAAAAUUGACUCCAAGGCUUAAGCUCAAGCUCAGAUUCACGCCGAAGAAGUUUUUGAGCGGAUUGCGUGAUGCAUACGUGAAUAUGAUGAUGAAACUCGCGAACACGAGAAUGAUCAGCACCGGAUAUUCCGGCGGAUACUCCGGGGAUGGAGUGACUGGAUUCGGAUUGAGACCGAUCAAGGAGUAUGAUGAAAGGAUGAUUGUUGAGAUCUACAAAUCGAUUAUCUUGGCGCAAGGUCAAUUGUUGCCUCGUGAUGCCGCCAGAAUGGGCUCCGGCAUUGUAUGCCGACGGUAAUAAUUAAUUCUAUUAUCGUCAAUGGACAAACUUUCAGAUCAAUUUAAUUUUUUCCAAUUUUUUUCCCGGAAUUGGAUCUGUCCUCUGUUGUAACUUUUAACAAUAACCAUGGAAUAAAAUGUGCAAAAAAUACUGUUUUUAUUUUCA